AUGGGCGGCUUUCCGCCGCUGCUCGCGCUGCUCGCGCUCGCCCUCAUUCUCGCGAGUGACGUCAUCCGCGGGGCGUCCGCCCAAGGGGGCCGUUUGGAGGUGCCGGCGACGCUGGCGGUGGCGACGCGGAUCACGCUGGGCAGCUUCUCCUUCAACUUCACGGCGGCGCGCUGCACCAACCUGCCGCGCACCACCCCCAACGCCACCGUGCAGUGGUCGUCCAAAGCCACGCCCACCCUCCCCGCGUGCAAGAACCUCACCUUCUGGAGCGGCGCGUCUUGCUCCGCCACCUCCUCGUACUUUCUCACGAGGUCCCCAAGCCUGACCACCAACACCUCCCAAGCCGCUCUCCCCUAUUCGACGGCAGUGUCGGCUCGCUGCGCUAUUGACAACAUGUGCCAGUACACCAAGUGCCCUGCGGGCUCCACCUGCAAGACAACCACGGACACCAGAGGCGUCACCUGCGCUUGCAAUGAGGGCCUUUACGCCUACCAGGGCACAUGCCAAACCCUAGAGAUCGCAGUGCAAUCGCCGGCCUAUGACGCGGUGAUUGACGUCACUGCCAUGGGGGCGCCCACGGAGGUGGAAGCCAAGCUGCCAGUCGCCACGCAGCUGACAGUGGGCGCCUACAGCGUCCCCUUCGACCCCUCCUCGCGCUGCACCCGCGUGCCUGAUGGCACCACGUAUGCGGGCGUGAGCACGCCUGUGAGCGUGCAGUGGGGCACUACCAGCGCGCAGGGGGGCGGGGCGAGUGCGCCGUGCUCGUCGCUGUGGUUCUUCAGCGGCAGCAGCUGCAACAGUGGCACGUCGUUCAGCAGCCUCAGCAAGACCUCCUCCAGCCAGACGGCCACGAUCACGCCGACCACUCCACUCGCCUCUGUUGAUUGCCCAAUCGCCAUGCCGUGCAAGUACGCCUCAUGCCCCAACAACUCGGUGUGUCUGGAUGCAAGCGGCAGCAAGCGAGCCACCUGCAAGUGCGACGAGGGUUAUGUUGCCGUCAACGGCACCUGCCGAGACAAGUGCAGUGUGCUCUGCCCGGUCAACGCCUAUUGCAUCAGGGAUGCGGUCUUGGAGCCACAAUGCUACUGCAACAAGGGAUUCGAUAUGAGCGCUGAGGACGGUACCUGUGUUGACAAGUGUGCAUCAGUAAACUGUGCGCUCAACAAGACAUGCACAAAGGAUGCUGACGGGACUCCAUCUUGUACCUGCAGCACCGGCUUCAAGCUGGCGGCCGACAACACCACUUGCAUCGACAAGUGUGAGUUGGUGACUUGCAAGGGCAACUCGAGUUGCGCCAGGGAUGCGGACGGGAAUACAAGAUGCGAUUGCAUCAAGGGCUUCGAGCGUCUUCCGGGCAAUGACACUUGUGCUGACAAGUGUCUUUCGGUGAAGUGUGCGCUCAACAAGACGUGCACGAAGGACGCGGCUGGAACUCCGUCCUGCGUUUGCAGCACGGGUUUCAAGCUGGCGGCCGACAACACCUCUUGCAUCGACAACUGUGCGGCGGUGAAUUGUGGGCUCGGCGGCAAGUGCGUGUAUAAGGAGAACGGAGACCCAACCUGCUCGUGCGAUGCGGGAUACCAGAUGCCUCCGGACAAGCUGGUCUGCGUCGACAAGUGUGCUUCGGUGAAUUGUGGGCCCAACGGCAAGUGCGAGAAGGAUGCGGCCGGAAAUCCAUUCUGUAACUGCACCACCGGAUUCAAGCCAUCUGCUGACAACCUUACUUGCAUCGACACCUGUGCUGCGGCGAAUUGUGGGCCCAACGGCACGUGUGUGAAGAAGCAGAACGGGGAUCCAACCUGCUCGUGCAACGCGGGCUACCAGAUGCCUCCUGACAAGCUGGUUUGCGUCGAUUUGGCUUGCUACGUGUUGGGCUGCGAACCAGAAGGGGUGUGUGUGAACAACAAUGGAGUCCGUUCUUGCAAAUGGAACUCACUCUGUGGCAGCUGCCCCACUGGAGCCGUCUGCAAAACCACCAAGGCAGAUCUUCUGAAAGCAAUUGACCCACAAGAACUCAUUCGAACGGUCGAUGCACCGUACUGCGAGUGCCCUGCGGGCUACGGGAUGACCCCAACGGAGUGCAUCAAGGGUGCACCCAACCAAGUUCUUUCCACCAGCAUGACACUCAUCCAGGAUCCCACAGCCAAGGACAAGGCAUCCAAGCCCUACACCUUCCGCUUCAAGAAUGGCUGCAAUCAGUUCCCGAAGGAGGUGGCCGGGAAUUACACGGCUUUUUACGCCGUGAUUAACAUUAACGGCAUUGCGAGUUGUCAGGACUGGGAAUCUUACACCACGGACAAUUGCACGUCGACCCCUGAAAGGAGUGGACACGGUGACACUACGUUUAUGUAUGCAGUUGCAUUGCUGAAUGGUCCUCUACCCGGGCUGCUACACGACUCGUAUUGGUGCGGGCCUCGCUGA